CCACCCGAUUUCAUUUUCAUGGGCCUCCAUUUCUUUUCCCCGAUAACGAAGCCCAUGAAUUCAAAAUGCCAUUUUUCCCUCCAAUUUGUGCUCUUGCUCGUCUCUUUCAUUUGGAUUUCUGGUGUAGCGGCCGCCGGAACCAGCCACCCCGCCGUCCCGCGAUCCACCGUGCAAGUCCGCUUCCCGGUGACGGCGCCAUAAAGCAGCCCUUCUCAAGCCUCCUCGCUGAAACAGGCCAUGUGCCAAGUGCUUGUUGAAAUGUUAAAGAGAAGCGACGCCGCCGUAUAUGGACAAUCUCCUCCCCUGAGAAGAUCUCCGAGGUUUCUCAGUCCGAAAAGCUCCACGGGAGCUCAAUGUACGAAGAAUGGCGUGCUAAAAUCCGAUGACGACCGGGUUGACCAUUGGGAUGCGCUCAUUGGUUCGAAGCGAAAGCGUCCUGUGGUAAAUACCCAGGUAAGAGACGACCCACGAAGAAUUUCAAGGAAAGCGACAGAUCUCAGUGAUGGUUCGAGGAAAAGCAAGAUUCCAUGUACUGGGUUGAGAAGAUCUCCGAGAUUUAGCAGCGGGGUUAGGGAACAAGAAAAUUCUCUGCCAAUUACUCGGGUAAAAGAUUACCCUGAAAAAAAUUCAAGUGAUGGCUUGGGGAGAAGUAUAAAUCAACGUGCUGGAUUGAGAAGGUCUCCUAGACUGAAUUGUGGGAUUCAGGAGUUUAGCAGCUUCAAUCGAUCGUUGAGGAUUUCCAAUGAGCAGAAUAUCGCCAGGCAAGUUGAGAGGAUCGACCGUAGACUUAAGAGAGAACUUAGGUGCUUGUUAAGGAGAAAGACUGGCGAGGAGGAUAAGAAGUAUGAUCUAGAAGAUGAAGUUGAUAAUAAAUGUGAAGUAUUUGUAGCAGAAACACAAAGAAGCACUAGAAAAUGUGUGCUUAGUCUACCCAUCCUUAAAAAUGAAGAAAAUGGAACAAUUAAGACUCUAACUGAGACCAAACAUGGAGAUGAAGGCGAUAAGAAUUGCCAAGGUUGGACUAAAGAACAAGAGGCUGCAUUACAGAGGGCUUUUUUUUCUGCAAAGCCAACUCCGCAUUUCUGGAAGAAGGUUUCAAGAUUUGUACCGGGAAAGUCAGCACAGAAAUGUUUUGAUAAGAUUCAUUCGGAUCAUCUAACCCCAACUCAACCUCGUCCUCGGUCCAGAGCAAAUAGAAGGGAUGAAUCUUGCAUCGAACGUUCUCCACUGUCAGCUAGCAAGAUUCUUAAAUCCCCUAAACCAUUGAUCAAGAGGCUCAAUUCUAAAAAGAAAAGUCUUCUUGCACACAAAACUGUCAGGCAGCUAUUACGAAAGCAAAAUCACUCAAACCAAACUUGUGGAACAGAUUUUUUCUCUGUGCUUGAGCCCAAUGUGGAUCCUUCUACUGAAGAGUUGACUUCUGUACUUGUGACCCCAGAUAACCUACAGAAAAUGCAAGGGUCUAUUCUGAAAUGCGGUGAAAGGUCUUCUUCAGGCAAAGAGAAGCUGGUCUCCAGAUUUUGCAGCUCAAGUAGGAUACCUCUGAUAAGCCCUCCGGUACUAAAGCAGGUUAAAAACAGAGCAUUGCAUGAGAAAUACCUGGAUCAAUUACAUAGCAGAGAAGCAAAGAGAAAUUCGGCUCUUGAAGUAAAAGUUACUUCUGGGAAAGCAAACAAAAUGGAAGUCGAUGCAGAAAAGAUGGGUGCAGUUAAAGCUGCUAAGCAUGCCUUACUAUCUGAGGUGAAUGAUGCUAUUAAUCAGAUUCGACAUCUACAAGGCAAUGCUGCAACAGAUUCUGAUGAGGACGUUCUGGAUAGAGGGGAUGAUGACGAUGACGACCUGGAUGGAUGAACAUGUUCUAGAUAUCUUGCCCUUGUUCUUCAACCUGUUAACUCCAAGCACUUGAGUUAAAAGUAAGUUUGUUCUUUUCUCAAAGAGAUUGAAAAUAGUUCUUGCUUC